AUGUUCAUUCUCACUACCCUUUCCGAUUUGAUACAAAUCCAACCCGAAGAGUUCGGAAAGACCAGCGCCCAGGCCUUGAAAGACAGCAUCAACACCAAGUAUGCGAACAAAGUCAUCCAACAAGUCGGCGUCUGCAUCUGCCUCUUCGACCUCAUCAAAUCCUCUGAAGGCAACAUCGGCCACGGCACCGGCAUCGUCAAUGUGAACGUCGAAUUCCGCCUCCUAGUCUUCCGCCCCUUCCAAGGCGAAGUCAUCAUCGGGCACAUCAAAAUCUCCGAUCCCACCGGAAUAUAUGGCAACCUCGACUUCUUCGACGACGUCUACAUUCCACAGGCGCUGAUGCCCGACGGCGUCCGAUAUAACGCCGCCGAGAAAGUUUGGGUCUGGCAUACCGAGGGUUCCGAGCUCUUCUACGACAAGAAUGAAGUCGUGCGCUUCCGCGUCGAGAACGAGCACUGGGAUACGAACGAGGAGAGGCCGCCGUAUCGGAUCAUAGGUUCUAUGGUUCUUUCGGGUCUGGGUCCAGUGUUGUGGUGGGAGGAGACCCGGGAGGACAUUGAGGCUGCGCGACAAGCGUGUUUGGCGGGUGUGGGGAAUGGGGAUGCGGAGAUGGAGGUAGAUGCAUAG